CUCUGUAGUCAGGGCUGCCGGACACUGCAGAAUUAUGCCAAAACCUAUACGAUACAGUACUGAAUUGAACAAUCUCAUGUAUUUACAUUGAAUAGGUUUAUAUGGAAUAUGUUCAAUUCCCUGUCCUAAUGCGCUUCGUUUUUGUGUCGUUAUGUCAAACAUGAGGAGACAAACUUCAUGGCAGGAGGAUAUAGCCCGAAACUUUUCCAGACUGUUUCUGAGAAGUAAAUCUCAGGAUCACGAGAAAACAGACGAGGAGGAUAUCAGUCCCAAUGGCCAGGAGAACGGAGUCUGCAACCUAAGCAGUGGGCCAAGUGAUAGAGACCCAUCUCUGCUACAGGAGCACCUACCCAAGGUGUUCCGGAGCACCGAGGAAGAGCUCUACGGAGAGAAGCCGGAUAGGAGGGAAGGAGCGGAGAAGGGAGUAGCAGAGGGAGGAGGGGAGAGGAGUGUGUCUCACAAUGCCGGGGCUUCCUCCCAUGACCAGCUCCCCAUCCAGCCCCCUGCCGACUCACCCCAGGAGCCUAUCUCCUUACCCGCUCCUUUGCCAGUAGAGACCUCCUUCCUCAGAAGGCUAGGCAGCCUGUUCCAGUUCAGGGCUGAACCCAGAGAAACCACUCAGCCCGAGGAACAAGCGAAGGUAGAGGAUAAGGAGGAGGAGACGGCAGACCUCACAGGAAUGACAUGUGGCGCAGACGGGGACCAGGGACACUGUGACAUCGCCCAGACGGAGGAGAGCGUGGAGAGACUGUCUCUGUCUGGGACUGACCCAAAGGGUUCAUUAUCAUAUCGACUGGUGGACACGGACGCACAGACUGUGGAGACCCGCAGAACCUCGGAGGACUCUCAUGCAGGGGACCAUGGGAAGGUGUGGCGGGAGGGCAGGGUGUCUGACAGCGGGGUUCUGAGGGACGGUGAGGUGGCUUCCGACGACCUCCGCCUCCAGGCCCUGUCCCAGCCGCCCGUGGUCACGCACAGGACUUACCGGGGACAGAGGGAGCAGCGCAGGAUGAGGCGAAGAAACCAGGUAGCCUCGCCCAUCUUGGAGGGAGACGAGAGCCAACAGGGGAGGGGCAGUGAAGAGGGUAGCCCCGCGUCCAUGCCCUCUUCUGGGCACCAACAAGGAGGGGAGACCCCCUCUGCUUUAGAACUCUCAACGUCUUAUCCAAAUGACAGUCAAACUUUGUUGACCAAUCUCAGCACGGCUCCAGAAUCAGAAACCAACGACAGGGAAGCUUGGACUUUAGAAACAAAUUCUGCAGCUUUGGGGCCUACUGGGCAAUGCCAUAGUUUCAGCGACAUUCCAGUUCUAACUCAAAUUUCAGGGUGUAGUGUCGCAAGUCAAAGUGCCUUCUCAUCCUCCAGAGAGGGAGACUCAACUGCGAGGGAAGGUCACUCCACAGACUUCUUUUCUGGGGUGAAAUCGUACGGAGACAGCCCUCCUGAGCUCUGGGUGGCUCCAACGGCUGGAAAAAUAAGUGUGUCUGUCAGUGAAAGCCCCAGUGUGGAACAGAACCCAGAGAUGGAAGUAGGGGAGGACACAGGCAGGGACGUAGACAAGGCUCUGCCUGAGCACACAGGCACCUCACCUGUACUGUCUGCCCAGACUGGGUCCCCUUCGACGGUUGCUGAGUUGCUCAGCGAGCCAGGAGGCGCUGGAGGGACUGCAAACACACACCUGUCUGCUGCUGUUGUCAGCGACAGCCAGCUGGCUCCUCAUCGCAUUUCAGAGUCAGGUUCUCUGGCUGAGGACAGUGGGAUACCUGUUCCAACAGGCAUGGUUCCUGACUCUGGGGCUAUACUGGAUGCAUCCUGCGAUGCUGAAGUGAAGCCCUCAGCUUGGAGGGAAGUGGAGGGUGGGGUUGGAACGCCUGACGGGGUGCUCUCAGAAGACCAGGACUUGUAUGAGGAGGCCCUUCGCUUGGAGUCUAAAAUAAUGGUUGAUAACAUUCUGAGGAACGCUCUCAUAGCUCUGGAGGGGAUACAGUCAUCCGAAUUCAAGGCAGAGACUCUUCAAAGCACUUGCGAGGAGACUAAGUGUGCUUUACCAGAAGAGAAUGUGGAAGAUUUCGGACACUCGUUUGAGCUAGAUAAGCUACCUGGGGCUAGUCUGUCAGAAGAUGGACGUGAUACCUGCUCCUCAGCUGCCCCAACAGAACAGGCCCUCUCGUCCUCCCAGGUUCAGGUUGAGGGCAUUAAGUCCACCCCAUCCUCAGGAUACGAGUCCAUAGCAGGGUCAGACACUGACAUCAGGAGUAGUCCUGGCCCCAAUUGCGACAGUAUAUCCACAAUUGGCUCUACUUUGAAAGUCUUGGAUGAGAUGCACGGAGAACGCUGUUCUGAGGGAACCACAGUCAUUGGUCAUCUGACAGAGGUUAAAGGGCAACAGUUAAUAGAUGUGAGCAAGCUGUCUGUUGUGGAUGGGGCUUCUCAGCCAGACGAUAACAGCGUUGGCGCUGAAUACUGCAUUACUGAAGUUGAGGGAGGCAAGCUUGGUCCAAUGAGCAGUCAAGGUCCCCAUGGAGAUGGAGGUAUAAGCCCAAUAGCGAGAGCAAGCAAUGAAUACAAGCAAUGCAAGUCAAUCUCAGGAACAACAAAUGAAAACAAAGGUCAAGUGGUCUGCUCUGUGAGGGAUAGUGACAAUAAUAAAGUAGAACACAUUGGAAAUCCACAAGUAGGGGAUUUGCCAGUCGGUGUAGCCAAAGAUGAUAGUGAAAGCAAUACACGUUACAAUCAGAUAAAUACUGAAUAUGAUGUUACUCUCCCCAAUAACCUUGAAUAUCCCUAUAAGCUCGCUGGUUCUCUAAAUAACAAUGCUUCACUCACAGAAUCUUCCGGAAGGCAAACGGCAUCUCUUGACUUACCAGUGACAGUUUCUAAUUGUGAAAUACAAAACAUUGACGGGCCAAACCAUGUGACUGUCAAAUCAAAACAAGUGUCGGAAGCCAGGCAUACGAUAGGCGAAGAUGUCACAGAUAUCGAUGACAAAGCCCAAAACAGUGGAGCUGGAAUAACAGUAUCAAGCCUCCAGAAAGUUCCUUUUACAGAAUACAACAGGCUAAACGACAACGAGGAUCAAAGCUUCGUCCUGGUGGAGACGUACUUAGCAGCAGUGAUCGAGGAUGGCUCUGACUCGGGGGGUGAGGAGGACGGGGCUUGCAGACCUGGGAGUUCUGUCACCAUGGACCGUACUUCCUCACAGAGAUCCCCAGAAGACCUGGGCUCCUUUGAGGUCCUGGCAUCUAUAUCAGCCCCAGGCUUCAGUAAUGGGGACAGGCCUCAGUGGAGCACAGUGAGAGUGACUCGUUAUGAUGUCUCUGCCGAGCUUGAGCUCAGUGACUCGGAGACACAGGGACACAGUGCCUCAGUAGCGGCAGGAGGAGGACCAGGAGGAAUGGCAGGGUCACAUGCAGACCUGAGCAGCAGGCUGUCAGGGAUCCAUACGUGGGCUGGUCGAAGAGGGGGCCACCUCCCUGACCUGACAGCCUGUUCCGUCCGAGCCCAGGCCUUGGGCCCCCUCCCCCUCCUGGACCUCCACGAGGUAGAGGCCGGGGGCUUCGCCAUCAUCGACGAGGAGGAGGAGACGGACGCUGUGUUUGUCAACGACACGGGGCCCAUGCUGAGCCCCUCUAGCAGGCGCACCAAGGCCUACCCCUUUUCCCUCUCGCCCAUCGUCGAGGAAGACAAUGUCCGCGAGGAGGCCGGGGAGGGGCGGCUGUCGUGUGAGGACAGGGACCUCCUGGUGCCACCUGCCACCGAAGAGGAGCUGAGGAGUUUGAGUGGAGGAGGUGGAGCUGAGCAGCAGGCGUCGGCGUCUGCGUUGUCCAUCCUGUCUCUGUUGCAGUCCGUCAGCGAGCGUCUGCAGUCCAGCGCUCUGCCAGACAAAGACCCAAAUGGCUCCUCCUCGCCCCCCUCGCAGCUCCCCCUAUGGGAGUGUUUCUUCAACAGGGAUCAAGGAGAAGAGGAUGGGGAGAUGGAGGGUGGCAAACACCAAGCAGUCGAUGAAGACCAAAGAUUUGCACUGUACCCUCCAUGCAACAGGCAAGAAGUUCCUGAUAGCCGCAUGAUUGGAUCCUUUAGCAGUGUAGAUGGACUCGCAACUGGAUGCGAGGAAAAGGCUGAUUUGUUCAGUCAUCAGAUUACUGUUCAGAAACCUGCCGACACGCCAUUCUAUAAGUACCUGAAAUCAGCAGCCUCGAUACCACUGGAGUACAACGAAGGUGAACAUGAAGCCACUCAAGUCAAAAAACCCAGCGAGAGGUGCACAUCAUCAAAAACUGAUGAGGAGGAAAAUCUGAGGUUUUUAAAUACCACCCCAAGGCCAACCCUGAUGUACAUCUAUGAAGGCACAUCUUUCUCUGGCGAGAAGAAGGAGUUUCAUGCCGACCUGGAGGAUGCUGGGAUACAGUUCCCAAACGGUGCCUCAGUGCGAGUACUGGGAGGAAGCUGGCUGCUGUACCUGGAGCCUGGCUUUAUGGGGCCUGGGGUGGUUCUGGAGGAGGGUGAGACUGUGCUCACCCACCAGCCAGGACAGCACACCACCCAGGACAAGCCCACUGCCAUCACCAUUGGCUCCAUCAGAAGACUUGUCAAGGACGACAACACCCCAGAAAUACAUCUCUCUCGGCCCGCAACGUCGGCACAAGAUACUGAAUGCCUCUGCUCUCAGACUGACAGCCUGGAGACACACAUACCUGUCCACCCGUCAAACCUGAGAGUCCAGUCUGGAUGCUGGCUCGCCUACGACAGUCCCGGUUGUCAUGGGAACUAUGUGGUUAUGGAGGCUGCUGGUUUAUCGACACCUGGCCCGGGUAAAUCCAAGGUCACCAGUGUGAGGUCACUGCGACCUUUGAGAAGGGGGGGACUCAAAGUGAGAAGACCUUUCGAUCCUAAGAUACUGGUGUUUGAACAGACCCUCUUCCAGGGGCGGGGCAGAGAGCUGCUGGGCCACACCCCUCUCCUGGGGACUGCUACUGGACUGAAUGGGGUGGCGUCACUCCGUGUGAUUGGUGGAGUAUGGGUGGGCUACACUGGAGAGGGAUACACAGGGCGGCAGUAUUUACUGGAGGAGGGGGAGUAUGCUGACUGUGAGGAGCUGUGUGGGACCGAUCCUCCUCUGCUGCUCUCCUUCCGCUUCUUACAGGCUGACUUUAUAGAGCCCUCACUGUCACUCCUGGAGGAAACUGGCUCUCCACCAAGAGCCGAUAAGACGGAUAUCUUGGAUCUGAACAUCCCUGAUCUCAAGAAGGCUGGAGCCACUGACAAAACCACAUCCAUAUGUGUGAACAAUGGAGUAUGGGUAGCCUACAGUGAACGGGGCUACAGGGGAGAACAAUAUGUUCUGGAGAAAGGCAGACAUCCUAGCACUCUGGACUUCAGCAGUGGCAACCGGCAAGCUGCCAAGUCUGUCCAACCCGUCCGAUUGGAUUUUUGUGGUACUGGAAAACUGAGACCAUUGCUAGCCGUGUACAACCAGCCUCAGUUUGAGGGAGAAGCUAAAGAGUACGAGGGUGAAGUGAUGAACUGUGGAGCCAACACCCCCAGGUCCCUCAGGGUCAUUAGGGGAAGCUGGCUGCUCUUUGAAGACGAGGGUUGCUCUGGUAACCAGUAUGUUCUGGGAGAGGGUAUUUAUCCUGACCUCAUUUCCUGUGGCUGUCUGACCACUUCUGUCAAAUCGCUGAGGCCCAUUCCCUAUAAUUUCUCUGAGCCGUCGCUCAGCCUGUUCAGCCUGGACUCCUAUGAGGGUGUAAAGACGGCUGUCGUGACCCCCCUGGACAGCAUGAACAACAUCUUCACUCAGUCUCUCCGAGUCGACAGCGGAACGUGGGUGGCAUACGAAUAUGCUCACUACCAGGGAAGACAGAUGCUGCUACAGCCGGGGCAGGUGCCCAGGUGGGGGGACCACAGUAGCUGGGACUCCAUCUGCUCCGUACGGCCCCUCAGACAGCCCAGGGUGUAUGUCCAGCUGAGAAGUCGUUGUGAGGGCUCGGUGCUGACAGCUGAGGACAUCCAGGGAGACUCGUCUCCAGCAAGAGUUUCCCUGUCCCCGUCCUGCUGUUUGGACACGCAGCGCUGGCUCCUCAUCGGCGGCCUUCUCCGCUGCAAGGCUGGUAAAGGGUGUCUGUCAGUGAUCGGUGCCAAGGCGGUCGCGGGGGCCAGAGUAGCCGUGUGGCCUGAACACGGACGCACACACCAGAGAUGGAGCCUGAACCACAAUGGGACCAUCUCCUCCCAUCUCCACCACAACCUUGUACUGGACUGCAGAGGUGGGACAGGUUUUGACAAGGACCACUUGGUUGUCAAGGAAUUUUCCUCUGACCAGGCUACACAGUACUGGGACAUUGAGGUGGUAUAGGAACUAAUUUUACCAGAGGAGGUGUAAAAACUAAUAUUCCCAUGAAGUAGAGAUACCUGCCCAAAAGCCCUGCUAAGUCCCAGGCUAGUGGAUUUUGGGAUUUAGAGUUUGGGUGGAUCACGUCUGCCCAGACAGCUUGCCUCAAAACGAGAGGAGUUUCAUUUGCAGUGUCUCUUGUGUUUUCUCUCAGGCGCUAGAUACCAUCACAGCAGUGUUGACACAUUGAACAGUGUGACAGUGACCCAGAUACUCCGAAAUGCACUCUUUGCCAACUCCUGUAAAAAAUCACACAUUGGUCUGGACGUGAUGUACAACUGAGAGAAGGCUAAACCUAAACUACACAAAUACUGUUGAGCAGUAUUUGUGUAGUACUCAGUCACUCAGUGAUAUGAUAGGUUAUAGCUACCACUACAUUUACACAUUUGAAAAAGUAUGGAAGCGAGCCAGUUAUAUGUCCUAAUUAUUCAGCCUUUCUCUGUUUGAGGUUAUAUAAGUUUGGAUUUCUACUUCUGAUGUUUUCUCUCAAGCAUUUUUGCACUACCAUGAGUUUUCACUUGAAGUGUCCCUAUGCCCUCGAAAUACAGAAUGAAAGGUAAAAAAAAAAAAAGCAUCUUUUCUUCACCGAUGUCAAGGGUUCCCACCACUGAGAGCAAUCUUAAUCCUUAAAACAUUACAUGGGAACAUAAACACUAUGAUUUUGUCCCCCUCAAGAUUAAUUACCACUGGUCCUCAAGUGUUUUUGACAAGAAUGACAUGGUAUUUUCACUGGAGGAAAAAAUGCAAACAUUAAUAUAUACUGUGUAUUAUACUAAGGAAUAGAUUCAAAAUAUUCACAAUAAAACAAACAUGAUGUAUAUAAAGCUGAUUUAACAGUGUGUACAGGCGAGAAGGAAUAUUAUUAAAGACGUUUGUUUUUUAUUUGUGAUUGAUAUUAAAGGUAGGUGUCAUAUGU